AUGGAGACUGAAGAAUAUCGGAAUGGUGCGAUUUCUCUGGUCGGCGAUGACCUGACUGACCGUGGACGAAGCUGCGAAGAGCCUGAAGGAGAUGACGGGAAAUGAGAUACCGACGACUUAUCCCUUCAUCAUAGUCAUUCUGAAGUGGUUACUGAGUGAGAAAGUGAGCAUUAUGUUCGACUGGUUCAGGACCGACGGGUACGGGGCGAAUUUGCCGGAGCUGAAGAAGCGGUAUCCGUCGCUGAAAGAUCUCAGACAGUGCUUGGAUGAGGACAGUGCCUGGAAAAAGUAG